AUGGUAAAUAAUGAUGAAAAGCUUGGGGGAUCUACUUUAUCUGAGGGUGACAUAAAAGAUCUCAGGGAUUUUAUAAGUGACAGUCACCUCAAUCAUCUCAAGACAAUUGGGUGUUUCUUCACUUGGAGCAACAAGCAGGACCCUAAUUCAAGAGUGUGGAGUAGACUAGAUAGAUCCUUGGUGAAUGAUUCAUGGUUGCAUAAACAUAACUCUAGUCAAGUAGAGUAUUUGCUACCUGGCUUAUCUGACCAUUCUCCAGGGCUUAUCUUCAUUUUUGAUGACUUUAAACUGGGAAAGAGGCCUUUCAAAUUUUUCAAUAUGUGGAUUAAACAUGAAAAUUUCCUGCCUGUAGUAUCUAGCAUAUGGCAAAAUGAAGUUAAGGGAUAUAAAAUGUUCUCAGUUUGGUCAAAAUUGAAGCUGCUGAGAGGUUCACUCAAGGAAUUAAACAGGAAACAUUUCAACAAUAUAGGUGAACAAGUGCAGAGAGCAAAAGUAGCUCUGGAAGAAGUACAGGGAGAUCUUCAAAGCAACCUUAUGUGUCCAAAUCUCAUUAACAGAGAAAAAGAAUGUUUAGCUUUAUAUAACAAAUUGCUGGAUUGUGAACUGUCCUUCUAUCAACAAAAGUCCAGAAUUGCUUGGAGUAUCAAGGGAGACGGAUGUAUAGAUUUAUUUCACAAAAUCUUGAAAUGUAACAGGCAUCACAAUAGAGUCUUAGCUCUUUAUAAGAACACUGGGAAAAGGAUGAUUGAUAGUGAUGAAAUUGCAAAGGAAUUUGUGUCAUACUAUCAAAAUCUAAUGGGGAGAGCUACUGAUACUAUAAUUCCUGAUAUGAAUGUGAUCAAAUCAGGGCCGUGA